GGAAUAGCCGAACUGAGCCGAACUCUGCCCCAACUUCUCAAAAGCUGCCCCGAUUUCUGCCCCUGCCCCACAGUGUCUGCCCCGACGAGAUCUCGUCGAACCCUGCCACGUUUUGCAGACUGGUCUGUGCAGCCGAUGCCUUGGCUUUUGCAGUCUGAGAGCAUGUCCGCGUGUCCUUUCCCUGUUUGUACUGGUCUCUAGUUUCAAAAACUCUUCUCCAGCAUUCACCUUGUCAUGUCCAUUGUCCAUGGACCAGCUUGUAGACUUCAAGCUCUUCAAGACUUCAAGCUCAUGUCUCUUCCAAUCCCAACUCACCAGGCAAAAAGAAUCGCCUAGGGUAUUUGCGCUUAGGUAAGGUACCUAUUUUAUUCGGAAUUAUUUGCAAAACAUGUCUGAGUAGGUAGGUAACGGUCAGUGGUAUUACAUUGAAAGAAAUGAUAAUUGUGAAAUAUGGAAAUUUUCCAUCCCAGACUGUGAAGUAUGUCAAUCAUGACAAGAUUUUGUUGGUGCUGUUGACUCCACCUUCUGCCUUGGCCUGCAUGCUAGACUGAAAAAAUACAUGUUAUGUCGAAUAUGUCUGGCAUAGUGGCGGGAUUGGGCCGAAAAUUUCAGAGCAUGUCAGGCCUAACUUUGCAUGCGCAGAAUUCAGCGCAUGGCGGCUGCUUAAUUUUUUGGCGCAGGGCGGCCAAGGAAUUUUUUGGCGAAAGAUGGUCGCUGAAGUUAGAUGGCAUGCUGGUCAAUAUAGCAGCAAAUUCGCCCUGCCCGAGGUUUUAGAGAGGUUUCGGGACGUGAUGUCCCCGCCCCCCAGAUUGGAAAAAAUACAUGUUAUGCUGAAUAUGUCCGGCGUAGUGGCGGGAUUGCGCCGAAAAUUUCCACGCACGUCCGGCGUAACUUCGCAUGCGCCGAAUUCAGCCCAUGGUGGCGGACGCAUUUUUCGGCGCAGGGUGGUCGCAUAUUUUCUUUUGGCGAAAGACGGUCACCGAAUUUAUGCGGCACGCUGGUCAAUCCAGCAGCAGAUUCGCCCCGCGGGCGGCUCUGGAGAGGUUGCGGGACGAAACGUCCCCGCCCCGGUCGUCGCGUGCUCGAACUGGCGAGCCGCCCUGAGUCUACUCAGCGGAGGAACGGCCGCCCAGGUGAGGCCUCAACCUUCGGCGUAGAGAUAGGUAUGGAAAACCUUGUUGAACGUCGCCACUCGCCAAGCGUCGUUAAGCAAUAGCAGUGGGUUCCUGCCUACUGCAGUAUCGAGGGGAAUGAGAGCGCGGACGACCUGGCAAAACAGGCGGCCGCCCUGCCCUCAAACGACCGAUCGCUGACCAGGGCGGUUCAUUGUGCGUCGCGGCCUCGCAUCAGUGGUGCGACAACUGUUCAGAAUCACUAUUCAAACUACUCCUCGGGAGCACGCCGCCGCUCCCUAUCCCCGGAGAGGACCGAGAGGAUGCCAUUUCGGUGCACCAGAUGAGGGCGGGCCACCGGGGCCGCUCGCUCCAGUACGGCACCGAACGGCUGUCUCCACUCUGCCGCGUGCUAGCAGUGCCCAGACAAGCGGUGCCCAGCGGCGCUCUGCACCGUGAGCCGAGAAGAGGGUGAUGUGCCGGAGCACGUGCUGCUCCGCUGCCCGGCCCUCGCUGGCUCCCGCCGAGGUAUUGGGUUUACGUGGAAAUAAAAAACUCAUUCGGACGCUCGAACAUGGGAAAGCGUACAAGGCCCCGAAACACUGUCUGGUUGAUAUAGCCUUGAUCAGUAGAUGUGCACAUGUGCUUCAUAUGAAAAGGGCUUAAUUUUCGCACAAAUAGGCACCUAAUUUUUGGCGCAAAUCACGCACAAAUUUCGGCGCAAAACCGCAUGCGCCGAAUUUCGGCGCAAGCGGGUAUCACGGGCGUCCGGCGUAGUGUAUGGAUGUUUUCCAGUCUGGCCCGCCCCGGGUGUACUGGCAGUGGGCUCCUGCCCACUGGCCAGUGGCCACUGCAGUAUCCAGGGGAACGAGAGCGCAGACGAUCUGGCAAAGCAAGCGGCCGCCCUGAACUUAAACGCCUGCUCGCUGACCAGGGCGGUUCAUUGUGCGGCCUCGCAUCAAUGGCGCGACAACUGGUCCUAGUCACUACCUAUUCAAGCCACUCCUCAAGUCCUCAGGAGCACGCCGCCGCUCCCUAUCCCCAGAGAAGACUGAGGACGCCGUCUCAAUGCACCAGAUGAGGGCGGGCCACUAGGGCCGCUUGCUUUAGUACGUGCACCGAAUCGGCUGUCUCCAAUCAGCGGUGUGCCAGCAGUGCCCAGACAAGCGGUGCCCAGCGGCGCUCUGCACCGUGAGCCGAGAAGAGGCUGAUGUGCUAGAGCACGUGCUGCUCUGCUGCCCGGUCCCUGCUGGUUCCCGCCAGUCUCGACCACACCGCUCCGCCGAUUUUUGUGGACCGGGAACUUCCAGCUCCGGCUCACGGCAUGACGCUACAUUGCCCUCAGCGUAUUGAGGUAUUGGGCUUCCGUGGAAAUAUAAAACUUACCGGGACGCUCAAACAUGGGAGAGCAUCCAAAGCUCCGAAACACUCUGGUUGAUAUAGCCUUGAUCGGUAGAUGUGCACAUGUGCUUUAUAUAAAAGUGGCUUGAUUUUGGCACAAAUAGGCACCCGAUUUUCAGCGCAAAUCAUGCAAAAUUUCAGUGCAAAAUCGCCUGCGCCGAAUUUUGACGCAAGAGGUUCUCACGGGCAUCCGGCGUAGUGUGUGGACUGUGGAUGUUUCCCAGUCUGGUCUGGUCUGCGCGCUGUGUUGCGAAGUGAUACCCAUUAUACUGAGGUUCUUACAGAUGUUGUGUGGCAUAUAAUGUGCAUGGAGCAACGCGGCCAACAGGCCCUUACAGGUUUACUAUUAAGGGUUAUAUGAGAAAAGGAGAGCCCUAGAAGUAGACACCAUGUCAGUGCUAGAACUGAAGGAUGACAAGUCAUUGAAUACUGAAGCUACUGUAACAGCUCAGGAGUUUGUAAAGAAGUUCUAUGAAGUUCUUGACAAGCGACGACAUACACUCUCCAAGUUAUACCUGGACACGGGAACGCUGGUGUGGAACGGUAACAGCGUGACCGGGGCGGACGCCAUACAGGCCUUUCUGGAGACGCUGCCCACCUCCGAACAUACGGUCAUCUGUGUGGACGCCCAGGCUGUGUCAAGCGCGGCGGUGGACGCCCAGACCACGGUGCUGAUCGUCGUCUCGGGCCAGGUGCGGCUGAAGAAUACCACACGCAGCUUCCAGCAGCACUUCAUGCUGACCGCGCAGGAGCGCAAGUGGAAGGUGGUCACCGACUGCUUCCGCUUCCAGGAGCUGGUCAGCUGAGCGGCAUCGCUGGAUCAUUUUGCAUACGUGACUCCUCGUGGAAAACGAGGAACGGAAAACAUUUGCAUAGUGAUUGGGACCAAAGCACCGUUGUCUGAGAUGAAAAUGACGCGACCUUCUCACGAGUGAACCCUUUCGUCAAUGCAGUGCCUUCAAGGUUCUGUGAAGAACGCUUAUCGCUCGUAGAUUGAGCUCACCCUGGCCGACACUGUCGAGAAUCUUGGUCCCACUUUCCACUGUCUGCAGUGCUGCCGGCUGGUCGGCGUUCCCGCGCCACAGAGCCACCUGACGGGAGGAAGGGACAAAUACUACCCCAGGCAGGCGAGUAUCGACCGGAUCUCAACGACGAUAUUGACGGUAGCCUUGUUCGUCAUUUGAUCUGGUUCAUCUGCGCUGGUACCGUCAUGAGAAUUGAACACUCUGUGUCUUAUGAACAAGGUUCUGCCGCGACUUACACCAUUUUCGGCCGCUCUCAUGUGUGAUGAUAGGCGUACGGUUGUCUUAUUGACUGUUGUGAUGCCUGGACCGCUCACUGUGUUCUGUGAGCUGUGAUGUCACGAGUUAAGCUCCUCGUUGGUGAGCGGUUUCAGUGUCUGUUUGUCGUACAUCUAUCGCCGCAGCGCUGGCAUUUGUGAACCGUUUGAGUAUGUUCGGUGAUGAAAAUGGGACGUGAACUCCUAACAGAACGGGAUGUGGAAGAUACAUCGGCCGCGCACGGCUACAAGCGCACAAUGCGACUGGUGGGGCGAUUUACAUGGUCCUCCGUGUCCUUGCUGAGUCACGCAACGUUAUUUCAGGCCUAAAUACGCUAACCGGAAACGACAGAAAAUCAACAUUUGAGUACAGUGCCAGUGAUCGCAGUGUGAAGUGUAUCGUACAUUCAUGGUUUUGACCAAAAAGUGCGCAUGUUUUUUUUCGUCGCUAAAUAAAUUUCGACGGCUUUGUA